ACAAUUAGCCCUGCGAUUGCGAUGUGUUAAUUGUAACAUACGCAUUGAUACCCUUCGCCACCAUCUCGUUUUUGAACUGGAUACCAGAGUGGUUUCUAAGAUCUGCGAGUGGAGUUCUCCAAUAAUAGUACGUAUUUACAUACGUUCUUAUUUUAUUACACUAACAUAAACCGUCACACGCAAUCAUACAUCAUAAUACAACUCUAAUUCUUAUUUUAGAUCACUGAAGAAGAUUAAAUAUGUGAUGCCUGUAAAGAAUUGGCAAUGCAAUGUGUCAACUCCGGAUUAGCUAAUGAAUCUGGUGCCUCAUCUUGCCGUGGCCACAUACAUGUUUGCAUACUUUGUGGAAGCUCUCUGCGGAACCGUAAACAUGACCUUAUUGUGAGAGAGAAUCCAUCUCAGUUGCAACAAGCAAUACAUAUUGAACUUGAAAAUAGAAUUGCCCCACGGCAGGCAACUUCAACAGACCAUGUUUGUCAUCCCUGUUGGCUGAGACUCAAGAGAGCUGAUACACAUAAUAUGCAGCAAAAUAUUGAGCAGCAGGUAGAGCCGGAGCAAGAGCCUGAGCCGGAGCAGGAAUCAGAGCCAGAGCUUCAACCAAGAACCUGAAAGCUCUCCAAAUACAGACCAGCAAGCUGACGAAGUACCUGGGGUGAUUAGUUUACCACACUAUAGACGAGCGGCUAACACUGCAGCACAUUGUGUUUUUUCUGGUUGCCAGAACACAGAUUUGCACAGGAUUUCUGACCCUCUAAGAGCAACAACUCUUAGCAAACACAAAUAUUACUUGCCUAUAAAUGCUCGUAUUUGUGUAGACCAUACAUUUAGUACUGAUUGGGAUAUGUUGUUUGAUUCUCAAAAUAGUUAAGGAACAUUUACGGCUAACCAAGUGGAACAUGCACUUUCUUUUAUAAAUGCUUUUAACACAUUUCUCGAUUUCUCGAGUAUGGAAAGUGUUGAAAGAAUUGAUGAACGUUUGUUUCAUUAUUGGCUUGGAAUGAAUAAAAACCAAUUUGAACUUUUACUUUAUGAAGUUCCGCGUCUUAUAGAAACAUAUAGAGGCAUUUUGGGUUUUGGUGCUCUUCUAAUGAAGAUGAGAACUGGUGACUCAGACGACCGGUUAUCCCAGUUAUUAAUGGUUCCGAGACGAACAUUAGAAAGAUUAAUGGAUAAGGUUAGAGAGAUAUUGGUACAGAAUUUUGUGCCUAGAAAUCUAGGACUCCAACACAUAUCCCGUGAACAAUUGUUGCAACACAAUUUAAUGAUACCAAUGCAAUUUAUAAUCAAAAUAAUGAAAAUACAAUAAUUAUAUGUGAUGGGACAUAUAUUUAUAUAAACAAGAGUUCCAAUUAUAUGUUCCAAAAGGAUUCAUACUCCUUGCAUAAGUACGAAAACUUGUUAAAACCAUUUUUGCUGGUGACACCAGAUGGCUACAUUGUAGACUGCUUUGGCCCAUACAAAGCUACCACAUCUGACGCAGACAUAAUGAAAUCUCUUUUCAGAGAUGAAAACUCUCCUCUCAGACAAUACUUUCAAAAUAAUGAUAUUUUUAUUUUAGACAGGGGAUUUAGAGAUUCGAUUAGUUUGUUAGAGGCUUGCAGCUAUAAAACGUAUAUGCCGGAAUCCUUGGUUGAAGGUGAGCAUCAGCUCACCACCGAGCAAGCUAACAGGAGUCGAUGUGUGACCAUAUGCCGUUGGGUCGUAGAAGUCGUUAACGGGUACUUUAAACGAGACUUUAAAAUAUUCCGGCAAGAUUUUUUUAAUAAAACAGUUCCACAUAUGAUGCAAAUGUUUUCCAUAGCUGCAAGCCUUUUAAAUAAAUUCGGUGUUCGGUUAAAAAAUAGGAAUGAUGCUGAGCACAUCAUAAAUGUGAUUAGGGAACGAUUCCCAUUAAAUAAUAACUUAAUUGAAUUUGUAACCACUAUAAAUAUGAAUAGACGAACAUCCGAUUUUACUAGUAUUACAGCUCAUUCCAAUACUAAUAUUUUAUUUCCCCGUCUAGAAUAUAGUGAAGUUAUUUUAUUUGCCCUAGGAACAUAUCAGAUCCGACAAGCAAGCUCCUAUUAUAGUGAACAUGUCAGGUUUCACGGAGGGUAUCGAAUUGAAAUAAGCAAAGAAAACAUUAAUGUAACACAGUAUCGUUUGAGAGGAAGUGGAAACAAUUCACUCAUAAGAGGCAAAAUUAAAUCCAGACACAUUUCGAGAAAAGUUUAUUAUGUUUAUAUAUUAAUUGAAAAUAAUGUGUCUGGAAGGGAAGCUAUACCAGAGUAUUGCUGUAAUUGUUUAGUUGGUAGAAGAACGGUUGGGUGCUGUGCACAUGUUAUGACGCUUGUGUGGUAUCUUGGGUGGGCCAGGCAUCAGCCGACAAUAUCAGCGCCAGCAGCAUUUCUCGAUGCUGUAGUUGUAAGAGAGGAUGAAGAAUAA